UAAUGGUUAGUGGUUAAAAUUUAUCGGAGAGCCAGCCACUCUCCUGUCAGUGUCAUUCUUAUUAGAUAAAUUUUUAGAUUUUGGACUUCUUUCCCAUUUUUAUAUACAUAUUUUCCGGUGUAAAAUGGCUGUUCCCAUCAGGAAUUUAUCCCGGUUUAAAGAUGCAGUCAAACUGGCUUGUGUCAGAUAUGCAUCAAAUGAUUAUGCCUGUACCAAUGUCAACCUUGGCCUCAACAAAGACACAAAAGUCAUUAUUCAAGGAUUCACAGGAAAGCAGGGUACAUUCCAUGCUCAGCAGGCUAUGGACUAUGGCACUAAUAUUGUGGGAGGAGUGUCCCCAAAGAAGGCAGGCAAAGAUCACCUCGGAAAACCAGUAUUUGCUACAGUGAAAGAUGCAAUGAAAGCAACUGGUGCGACCGCUAGUACAAUCUAUGUGCCCCCUGCAGGAGCUGCGGCGGCCAUACUUGAAGCUAUUGAGGCUGAAGUGCCACUCAUUGUCUGCAUCACAGAGGGUAUCCCUCAGCAUGACAUGGUUCGUGUAAAACAUGCUUUGCUGCGUCAGAGCAAGUCCCGUCUGUUGGGACCUAACUGUCCAGGUAUCAUCGCUCCACCUUCAGGGUGUAAGAUUGGUAUCAUGCCAGCUUCCAUCCACAAACCUGGGUGCAUUGGUGUGGUCUCCCGUUCUGGCACCCUCACUUAUGAGGCGGUCCACCAAACUACUGUGCAUGGUUUGGGCCAGACACUGUGCGUCGGUAUUGGAGGAGAUCCGUUCAAUGGCACCAACUUCAUUGACUGCCUAGAUCUCUUCUUGAAGGAUCCCGCGACAAAGGGUAUAGUGCUCAUUGGAGAAAUUGGUGGCAAUGCCGAGGAGCUGGCAGCUGAUUUCCUCAUUCAAAACAACACUGGCCAGAAGGCAAAACCGGUGGUAGCUUUCAUCGCAGGUGUGACAGCCCCGCCCGGCAGGCGGAUGGGACACGCUGGUGCCAUCAUUUCAGGUGGAAAAGGAGGUGCCCUGGACAAAAUCAAGGCAUUAGAAAAAGCUAACGUUAUCGUCACUCGUUCUCCAGCCAAAAUGGGUUUUGAACUGCACAAAGAAAUGAAACGGUUAGAAAUUGUUUAAUAGACGCAUCAACAUUACCUCAUGUAAUGUUCAUCAAACAUGAUAUUUGCGUAUACUAAGUUGAUGUAUAGUCCUAUAGUAAUAACUUGCUAAUAUUAUUUAUUUGCGCUGUUGUGUCAGUCAACAGUUAUAUUCAAUUCAGGUCCGUUGCCGGAACACCCGGGACUCGAGUGUUGAGAAUAUUCAUAUAUUAUAAAAUCAUGUUCUCCGAUUGUUUACAGCACGAAUCGUUAGUGAAGCACUCAUAGUAUUAAGAAACUCAUAUUUAAUGAUUUAAGUGUUACGUUCGAAACGAACAAAAUCGACUCUGCUGUAGUGAAUAAAUUUAUGAAAAUCGUACAUUUCCUGAUCUUUGUGCUUGACGAUGUUGUGUCUAAAUAUUGUGAACUCGAAAUAUAUGCAUAUUAUCUAACUAAUACUUUUA